AUGGCACAGCCCGGAAUUCUGUGGGUGAACUCUAAAAUCACCCACCCCGAUGCAAUCACUCCAGAAAACUUCGACAAAUGGUACAAUGACAUCCACGUCCCCGAUAUCCUCGCAACCAGUGGCUUCGACUCUGCAUUUCGAUACAAAAACAUCGAUCCAAAGGCAGAUCGACCAUACCUAGCCAUGUACCCAGUCAGCGACGUUGAUUGGCUUGGGUCUCCGGAAUUCUCGAGCAUACCUAAUACGAGCGAUUGUUUCCCGGGACCAAGUCACAAGUGUUUUGAUUACGCAGAUUUUGAUACAAGAUUUUAUGAGUUUAUUCAUUCAUACGAGAAGCCUGGCGCGCCUGCUUGUCCAACUAAAUUGGUGAUCUCAGCCGGACUCACUCCAGCAGCAGGGACAGAUGCAGAUUUUGAUGCAUGGUAUAGAGAGGAACAUUAUAGUACUUUGGCUGCGUGUUCGGGGUAUAUGAGAACGAGAAGGUACAAAUUGAAAAGGGCUGUGAAGGCAGAGAACCCAACGACGUAUCUGUCGCUGCAUGAGUUUGAGUGUGAUGUGCUACCGCAGGCAGACUUAGAUAAAACUGCAGAGACACCUUGGUCUAAGAAAAUUAUGGGAUCGCUACUCGGUGCUGAGAUUGGUGUUUAUGCGUUAAGUGGAGCAUGGGGCGAAGUUGGGGGAAAGAUUUGAAGGGAAUGGCAAACGUGGUUAUUAAAUUGUCCUACAAUAAUGUGCCUGACAUCUAUUGUGUGUAAAAUCCCAACUGUUAUCUCUUGUAGAAGUGG